GGUCAUCGCGUCGGAAAGGCCGAACGGUGGCCAGAGCGGGAAGAUCACCUGGUCUAACCUGCGUCUGGAGAAACUGGUUUUGGGGAUUGGAGGUCUCGGGGCUCCCAUUGUUGGCGUUUUGCCCGCUCGUCGUAAUGGGGACUCUCACAACAUGGUGAGAGUGGGUGUUGAUUGUAGACACCAGCUUUGUGCUCCUGUAAUGCAUCGCGAACGCCGUGGCUUUCUCUCUCACCAGGCAGGCUCAUGUCAUUGAAUAGAAUUGUGCGGCAUGCGUUUGUGCCAUGAGCCCUCUUUCUGCGUUCAACUUGUGCGGAUUCAAGGUUGAUGACAGUUAGAAGCAUGCUUUCCAUUGAACUUCCGGACACCAUUUGUUAUGCAGAAUGUCUCUGAGUGAGAACGCAGUUUUUGCUUAUGAAUCUUCAGUGCACAGCACCAAUGUCUUGCUUAGCCUCAAUGACCAGCGGAAGAAAGAUGUGCUGUGUGAUGUUACCAUCUUUGUAGAGGGUCAGCGAUUCCGUGCCCACCGGUCAGUGCUGGCAGCAUGCAGCAGUUAUUUUCACACAAGAAUUGUAGGCCAGGCUGACACAGAACUUACUAUUACUCUACCAGAAGAGGUGACAGUUAAAGGAUUUGAACCUUUAAUUCAGUUUGCCUACACUGCUAAACUGAUUUUAAGUAAAGACAAUGUGGAUGAAGUAUGCAAGUGUGUAGAAUUCUUAAAUGUACACAAUAUUGAAGAGUCCUGCUUUCAGUUUCUCAAAUUUAAGUUUUUGAACUCCACUGAAGACCAGCAAGAAUGCCAAAGAAAAAAAUGCUUUUCAUCGCGUUGUCAGAAAAAAGACCUUAAAUUUUCACUUGUGGACCAGAGGGAUCUAGAAACUGAUGAAGUGGAAGAAUUUCUGGAAAAUAAAAACGUUCAGACUCCUCAAUGUAAACUCCGUCGGUAUCAAGGGAAUGCAAAAGUGUCACCUCCUGUACAAGAUAGUGCCAGUCAGACGUAUGAAUCCAUGUGCUUAGAAAAGGAUGCUUCUUUGGCUCUGCCAUCUCUGUGCCCCAAAUACAGAAAGUUCCAAAAAGCUUUUGGAACUGACAGAGUCCGUACAGUGGAAUCCAGUGUCAAAGAUGUUCAUGCUGCUUCUGUUCAGCCAAAUGAGACGUCUGAUAAUGAAUGUCUAGGAGGAGGCCAGGACUGUGCAGAUUUACAGGUGAUUUUAAAAUGUGAAGAGAGUAAAUUAGCAAUGGAACAUGAAGAAACAAAGAUGAAAGAUUCCGCUUCUCAGUGCUCAGCCGAAAAAACGGAAGUGGCUCCUUUCCCUCACAAUUCCUCUACAGACCCUCAUGGACUCUACUCUCUGUCUCUUUUACACACAUACGACCAAUACAGUGACUUGAAUUUUGCUGGUAUGCAAAACACAACAGUGUUAACAGAGAAGCCUUUGUCAGGUACAGAUGUUCGAGAAGAGAAAACAUUUGGUGAAAGCCAAGAUUUACGUUUGAAAUCCGACUCCGGCCCCAGAGAAGAUGGAAGCCUUGCAUCUAGUGAUCGGAGUAGUGUGGAACGAGAAGUGGCAGAACACUUAGCAAAGGGCUUCUGGAGUGACAUUUGCAACACGGACUCUCCUUGCCAAAUGCAGUUGUCACCUGCUGUGGCCAAAGAGAGCUCAGAGCAGCUCUAUUCACAGAAACGGUCUGAGUGUCCCUGGUUGGGUAUUAGGAUCAGCGAGAGCCCAGAACCAGGUCAGAGAACUUUUACAACGUUAAGUUCUGUGAACUGCCCUUUUAUAAGUACUUUGAGUACCGAAGGGUGUUCAAGCAGUUUGGAAACUGGAAGUGAUGACUAUGUUUCAGAACCCCAGCAGGAACCUUGUCCAUAUGCUUGUGUGAUUAGCUUGGGGGAUGACUCUGAGACGGACACAGAAGGAGACAGUGAAUCCUGUUCAGCCAGAGAACAAGAGUGUGAGGUUAAACUGCCAUUUAAUGCACAGCGAAUAAUUUCACUCUCUCGAAAUGAUUUUCAAUCCUUGUUGAAAAUGCAUAAGCUGACUCCAGAACAACUGGAUUGUAUCCAUGAUAUUCGAAGAAGAAGUAAAAACAGAAUUGCUGCACAGCGCUGUCGCAAGAGAAAGCUUGACUGUAUUCAGAAUCUUGAAUCAGAAAUUGAGAAACUGCAAAAUGAAAAGGAGAGCUUGUUGAAGGAAAGAGAUCACAUUUUGUCAACUCUGGGUGAGACAAAGCAGAACCUAACUGGACUCUGCCAGCAAGUCUGUAAAGAAGCAGCUCUAAGUCAAGAACAAAUACAGAUACUUGCCAAGUACUCAGCCUCAGAUUGCCCACUUUCAUUUUUAAUUUCUGAAAAAGAAAAAAGUACUUCUGAUGGUGAACAUGCAUUACCAUCAAUUUUUAGCUUAUCUGAUGGGCGUCCAACUGUGUUGCCUCCCAGUGGGAGAGUGAAUAGUGAGCCUGGUGGUGUACGGGGGCAGGAGUCCCAGCAGACUCCCACAGCCAUCUCUGAGCAAGCCGGGCUUGUGGAACAGUGUCGUCAGAGUAGUGGGAUCUCAGAUUUCUGUCAGCAGAUGACUGAUAAAUGUACAACUGAUGAGUAAAUUUGCAUUCAUUUCAUUUAGAUCAUCUAAUUUUCUGUGGAAGUUUUGGCAUAGUCUUGAAAGCCUAAUAUGGCCAUCUGUCACCAAUGUUGUUUUUUCCCCUAGUAGUUUGCCAUAAGAGAAUUUCUCUUAAGUCAACCCUAAUUUCUCCUUGAUUUCCACAGCAGUGGAGACACAGAAAUGAUUUGCCUCCAGGAUACUGAAAAAUUACAUGUGAAAAUGUAGCAGGCCUUUAAAACUCAUAUUUUAAGCAAUAACUAUAGUAAUAACUCUUCCCAGUAUUUAAAAUAUCAGUUUUACAGCUGCAAACAUCUGCAAGUAGAUUCUACCAAAGAAGUGGCUUGCAGAAGUUUAAUAAUUUGACAUUUUUUUAUGAUAUACUGAUAUAAAAGAAAAUUUCACUGGAAUCAAUGCUAAUAGAAUUGUUUUACUCAGAAAUACUGUGUCAGCUUAUUGGAAAUAUAUGUGUACAUCUGCAGUCUUGCCUGAAUGCUAGAGCUUUGCUCUUCAGCUCCAGGACCAGAGGUUGCGUGGACUUCAUUGUGACUCCUAAGCCACACAGAGAUUUAGUAAACAGGGUUGGCCUAAGGUGGGGGCUUCUGCUCCUCUUCUAUUUCAGUUGUAGAAUUUCUGGCUGCAUAACAAUAUAUAAGUGUCAUUUCCCCUCUUUUUUCUCCCUUUAUAUAGUCUCUACCAUAUUUUUACCCAUGGUGAAUUUUCCUUUACUUGAUAAUAAAGACUCAUGAUGGAGUUACCUGAGUAGAUGUACUGGCAGAGUUAUCAUGGGCUCCCUGGAAUUUGGGGGACCUUCCCAACAUACAGGGCUGUUUAUUUUCCCAUCAUAGAUUCAGAAUGCGAGAAAACCAGGCAUCAAGGGGAAAGAAAUUGCCUACAUUUACUUGGAGUUCAGUUCAUUUUUCAUCCCACUUUUUAAAUCCAUAAUUUUAGUUAAAAGUGUAUUUAUAACAACUCUGCCAUUUUUUGAAAAAAGGAUGCAACUCUAUCUUGUUGCACUAUGAGUUUGCAUUUAGAAACCAGGUUUAAUCCUUACUGUUUUUCCUGAAUUUGAUGUGGUGUAAAAGAUCAAAAUCAGUUUUUGUGUUUAUCUAAUCCUGUUGUGAAAUGUAAAAUUAACCUAAGCACCUGUCUCAUAUUUUGCAGUACUUCUUAGCUAUUCUGGAAUUGUAGACAUGUUCUAAACUCAAAUGAAAACCAUGGAUCUGCUCAGCAGUUAAAAAUAAAUUGAAUGUAGAAAUGGAGCAUCCCUAAUCUGAGAAAUCUCUGAAAUGUUCCAAAAUUUGAAACUUUUUGAGUGCUGACAUGGUAACACAAGUGGAGAACAUCCACAGCUGACCUCAGUGUUAUGGGUCACUGUCAAAAUGCAAGUACAUUAAAAACAUUUUUUAAAAUUGCCUUCAAGCUAUGUGUAUAAGAUCUAUAUGAGAUCAUAAAUGAAUUUCGUGUUUGGACAAGGGUCUCAUCCUCAAGAUAUCUUACAUAUAUAAGAUUAUAUAAGAUAUAUAUAAAUAUUCCAAAAUCCAAAACACUUUCUGGUCCUAACCAUUUCAGAUAAGGGAUACUCAACAUAUAUUCACAUUUGUAGAAAUGUUUGCAGAACCCAAUUUUAAAGUGUACAAAAUUAGUUCAUCAUGUUUGGAACAGAAAGUACUUUGUUUCUCCAAGACCAGAUACCUGAGAGAUAUUACUACAGACUGCAUCCUCUGUCUAGUGAAGAGCCUGAGUAGCUAAACUGGGAGAUCACCACCCAUCUUAUAUGAAUGAGUCAGAAGCAAGUAGACCUUUGCUGUGAGAAUAUGUAGGGACCACUCUUAAUGUUUCAGAAAAAUCUGUCAGUCGUUAGCCUUUUUCAUCAGGGUGUGGGUAUGGAAAGAUACUGCUUAUAUUUUUAGUAGUUUGUAUGUUAUCUCUGUUAUUGAUUUAGUUGUAAGAGAAACUUAGUUGGGAUUAUUUUCUGGAGGCUUUCAUAAGUACACUCAAUUUUUCAGGGAGAAUAACUCUAUGAUAAUGUAUCCCAUACUACAAAACAAUUGUAAAUAUCUGGAUGUAGAUCUAGGUAUCCUCAUUAAAUGUUUCUUUUAUCCUUGUAGUUUGAAAUUUCAACUUCAUGAUAUAAGACAAUAUAAAACUUCUGGUUUACAAAAUGUAAAAUCUUAUACAAGCCAAUAGAAUCCUUGAUUUCCUACCUCAUUGUAUCUCAGCUCUCUGUCAUAUCAGUUUGUGUAUGUGCAAAUGUCAAAUAAUUGGCUAAAUUUUAAUUGCUACUGUAAAUAUUUGCUUUGAAAGGUGGUUACUUAGUAUUUUAUGAUAAAACCUAGUUGUCUCCAGAAUUUAUAAUUUUUAAGACACUUGAUUUAAAUUUCUCUCUACUAUAAAAAGUUUAGCAUUAAGGGUUUAUUUUAAUGAUAUCUGAUUAUUCGCCACAUGUAAUAUUUCUUAAAAUUUAGCAUUACUUUUAAUAACCAGCAUGUAAUACAAAUACCUACACUACCUCAUACCUACAUGAUUUUCAAGUUGUAAUAUAGAUGGACAGAUAAAAAAGAAUUUAUCAUUGUCUUUUGGCCACAAAGUGGGAAAGUUUUCUAUAUAUUGCAUAGCAUUACACAUUUUGCCUAUUUUAACAUUAACUUCUAGAGACUUUUUUUCUAAGAAAAUUUCUUUCAAGGCAAUAUUUUUUCUUUGAGGCUGCCGAAGACAAAUGACAGGAUUAUGUGUAUACAAUGUAUGCCUUUUCCUUCAUGCAGAAUCUUGAAACUAUUGUUUUCAGUUUGUUUAUUGCAUAUUUACAUGAUCAUUGUUCCUUAUUUUAUGAACUGACCUUCUCAAUGCUUGAUAAUUUUUAAAAAGCUGUUAUGUCUGAGUCAGUAAAAUACAUUAUCUUAAAAUUGCUUCUCUUAUUUGAAUUCUGUAGCUAGAGCAAAAAUUUUUUAAAUUGUUAUAUUCAAAACAAAUGUGGAUAUAAUCUCGGUUCUCCAUCUGUAAGUUUUAUAACAAUUUAUGAUAGCUUAAUGCUUAACCAGUUUUGAUGCAGUAGAUGAUAUAGGUUUGCAUGUGGACACAGCCAUGUUAACAACUUGGAAAAAAAAACAACAGAUGGCAAUGUUAAAAUGAAUUCUCAGGUGAACUUUUUUUCAGUUCUGGAACAUCUAUUUUGAAUUUGUAAAUAUUUUAAAUGUUUUAUUAAGGCAUGUAAUAAACUAUUCUUGAAACCUGUUGGGUAGAAUGAAAAUUUAAAGCCAUAUUGGUAAAAGAUGGCAUACUGAUUGUAAAAUAAAUAAAUAACAUUAUUGAUUUUUUGUAUCUUUCAUAAAAUAAUUUUCUAACAAUGCAAUAAAACCACUAAAGUUGUAUAUUCAUAUCCUGUUAAGACCAUGUUUCAUUGAAAGUACACCUUCAUACUAUUUAAUUUACAUUUUCUUCCUAAUUUGCUUAGUAGCAAAAUUGUUAGAUGUUGGUCGUAAAUUGACAGUUAAAUAAAAUUCUCUUAAAAUUGCUUCUAAUUGAA